AUGAAUCCCUACGCCAAACUAAUUUUCACCAUAAGCCUACUCUUAGGUACAACCAUAACAAUCUCCAGCAACCACUGAAUAAUAGCCUGAACAGGGCUAGAAAUCAACACCCUAGCCAUUAUUCCCCUCAUCGCAAAACACCACCACCCACGAGCUAUCGAAGCUGCAAUCAAAUAUUUCCUUACCCAAGCAGCCGCCUCAACACUACUCCUAUUCUCAAGUACAAUCAAUGCUUGGUCCUCUGGACAAUGAGACAUCACCCAAUUAAACCACCCCAUCGCAUGUACACUAUUAACAACAGCAAUUGCAAUAAAACUCGGAUUAGUCCCAUUCCACUUCUGAUUUCCAGAAGUACUCCAAGGAUCUUCACUCACAACUGCAAUACUUUUAUCAACAGUAAUGAAGUUCCCCCCAAUCACGAUCCUCUUCAUAACAUCCCCCUCACUAAACCCAACCCUCCUCUCCAUUAUAGCAAUCGCCUCAACUGCCCUGGGAGGUUGAAUAGGACUAAACCAAACACAAGUCCGAAAAAUCCUAGCCUUCUCAUCCAUUUCUCACCUCGGAUGAAUAGCCCUCAUUCUCAUUUACAACCCCAAACUAACCUUACUAACAUUUUACGUGUAUUGCCUAAUAACUAUCACCGUCUUCCUUACUCUAAAUACAACAAAAACACUCAAACUGUCCACAAUAAUAACCUCCUGAACAAAAACCCCCACACUAAAUGCAACCCUAAUAAUAACCCUUCUGUCCUUAGCCGGUCUCCCACCCCUAACAGGUUUCCUACCCAAAUGACUCACCAUCCAAGAACUAACCAAGCAAGAAAUAACCUCAGCAGCUACACUCAUCGCAAUUCUUUCCCUACUAGGACUGUUCUUUUACCUACGCCUUGCGUACUACUCAACAAUUACACUCCCACCCAACCCCACAAACCACAUAAAACAGUGGCACUUCUACAAACCAACAAACACCCUCAUCCCCAUCCUUACCUCACUCUCUGCUCUUCUCCUCCCCCUGUCCCCCAUAAUCCUCACCAUUACUUAG